AUGACAUCCAUCCAGAGUUCGACAACAGGGACCAGCUCAGAGAACGUCGCCAGCGACAGCUCGAAAGACACCUUUGAGAUACAUUCAAACCUUGUGAGCUCGGCGGAUCUUAUUCAGGUCCUUGAGAGUUGUCUGCAGGUUGAUGCUUUCACCGUGGAAAUGCGGCACAGUGUUUACAUCAUUCGGGUGAAUGAUUCAUGUACGAAAGAAGAAAAGGCAUCACUUGAGAAAAUGGCAAGCGAAAACGUGUCUCUCAAGCUCAUCAUCCCGCUUAAGAACCUGACAUUCUCCGCAGGCUAG